AUGAUGUAUGCGCCUAGUAUGGUUGCGCCGCCAUCUGCGGACAUAGUGCUACCCAAAUCGGCUUCUAGUUCUGAGAGCUUCAGGGAUGAGCUCAUGAAUAAGAAUGCUCUUAUUAUCAGACUCCUUGGGAGAUCGCAUACCUACAACUAUCUCCAUGCUCGACUUCAACAAAAGUGGGGCCUAAAUGGAGGGUGGAAACUGAUUGAUUUGAAAUGGGGGCUUGGGUUUUGUCAUGCAAUUGCGAAGAUCACUCGAAUGGCUACUUGGAUUUGUGUUUCUGCGAUUCAAUUGGAGUGUUUUGAUGUGUGGGCUUUGAAAAGAAUUGGGAAUUUGUUGGGGAAGUUGUUGAAGAUUGAUGCUCUCACUACUUCUCAUAAUCGGGGGAAAUUUGCAUGA